UCAAUUGUGGGUGCACUUUCCGUUAGGUUUCGUACUCUUUUAUGAUCGUUAUUUCUAAAAAUAUAACAAUGUCGACAUUUAAAAUAGUAAAAACAUAUAUCCUGUGUUAAAAGUAUAUGACAUAAUUUACAUGUAUCAUGAUGGUGGGGCAGCUUUCCAGAAGUCGGAAGUGGCGGCGUUGUCUAGCAGAAAGGAGUGUGGUGACAAAAACAACUCUGGCGGUGACAAGAAUAAUUCCGAUCUGAAUUACCUUCGAAAGCUGGGACUCUCGGUGGGCUACUCCUGUGACGAGGUUGAGGAGGGACUCCUGCUGUUGAAUGACUCUGUGAAAUCAGCAGACUACUUACACAUUUUGCAGAACAUUAAAGAAGAUAAAGAUAGAGCUGGAACAGCCGCCCCGGCACGGGUUGGCUCAAACAGCCCCGCGACAAACAUCGUGUCCGAUGCAGUCGUCAUACCGGACUCAACAGAGAUGGAUAGCGAUCAUGAUGAUGAUGUGGUUUUCAAUAGUGAACACUUUAAGACUCCUUUGAAACCGGUGAAAAUUAAAGGCAAAGUGGGAGGCCUGUCUUCAAAAGACUACCAGGCCGUGCCAGAUUCAGUGAAGCAUGUCAUCUUGGACGGUCUUUCCCACGAAGAUGUCAGUGAGGCAGACCUGUUUGAGUCCGGUGCAAGAGAAAUCAAUGUCAAAUGUUCUGCUGCAUCCCAUUUCAGUAGCAAAAAGCAUCCCCAUCCUCAUCAUCACCACACGAGCAGUGGAGAUGCUUCAACGAUGAAAACAGCUUACGCAUCCAGCCUGCUGGAGGUUCUGGAGACCGAUGGUGGGGCAGCUUUCCAGAAGUCGGAAGUGGCGGCGUUGUCUAGCAGAAAGGAGUGUGGUGACAAAAACAACUCGGGCGGUGACAAGAAUAAUUCCGAUCUGAAUUACCUUCGAAAGCUGGGACUCUCGGUGGGCUACUCCUGUGACGAGGUUGAGGAGGGACUCCUGCUGUUGAAUGACUCUGUGAAACCAGCAGACUACUUACACAUUUUGCAGAACAUUAAAGAAGAUAAAGAUAGAGCUGGAACAGCUGCCCCGGCACAGGUUGGCUCAAACAGCCCAGCGACAAACAUCGUGUCCGAUGCAGUCGUCAUACCGGACUCAACAGAGAUGGAUAGCGAUCAUGAUGAUGAUGUGGUUUUCAUUAGUGAACAUUUUAAGACUCCUUUGAAACCGGUGAAAACUAAAGGCAAAGUGGGAGGCCUGUCUUCAAAAGACUACCAGGCCGUGCCAGAUUCAGUGAAGCGCGUCAUCUUGGACUGUCUUUCCCACGAAGAUAUCAGUGAGGCAGACCUGUUUGAGUCCGGUGCAAGAGGGAUCAAUGUCAAAUGUUCUGCUGCAUCCCAUUUCAGUAGCAAAAACCAUCGUCAUCCUCAUCAUCACCACACGAGCAGUGGAGAUGUUUCAACGACGAAAAUAGCUUACACAUCCAGCCUGCUGGGAGGUCUGGAGACCGAUGGUGGGGCAGCUUUCCAGAAGUCGGAAGUGGCGGCGUUGUCUAGCAGAAAGGAGUGUGGUGACAAAAACAACUCUGGCGGUGACAAGAAUAAUUCCGAUCUGAAUUACCUUCGAAAGCUGGGACUCUCGGUGGGCUACUCCUGUGACGAGGUUGAGGAGGGACUCCUGCUGUUGAAUGACUCUGUGAAAUCAGCAGACUACUUACACAUUUUGCAGAACAUUAAAGAAGAUAAAGAUAGAGCUGGAACAGCCGCCCUGGCACGGGUUGGCUCAAACAGCCCCGCGUCAAACAUCGUGUCCGAUGCAGUCGUCAUACCGGACUCAACAGAGAUGGAUAGCGAUCAUGAUGAUGAUGUGUUUUUCAUUAGUGAACACUUUAAGACUCCUUUGAAACCGGUGAAAACUAAAGGCAAAGUGGGAGGCCUGUCUUCAACAGACUACCAGGCCAUGCCAAAUUCAGUGAAGCGCGUCAUCUUGGACUGUCUUUCCCACGAAGAUGUCAGUGAGGCAGACCUGUUUGAGUUAGGUGCAAGAGAGAUCAAUGUCAAAUGUUCUGCUGCAUCCCAUUUCAGUAGCAAAAAGCAUCCCCAUCCUCAUCAUCACCACACGAGCAGUGGAGAUGCUUCAACGAUGAAAACAGCUUACGCAUCCAGCCUGCUGGAGGUUCUGGAGACCGAUGGUGGGGCAGCUUUCCAGAAGUCAGAAGUGGCGGCGUUGUCUAGCAGAAAGGAGUGUGGUGACAAAAACAACUCGGGCGGUGACAAGAAUAAUUCCGAUCUGAAUUACCUUCGAAAGCUGGGACUCUCGGUGGGCUACUCCUGUGACGAGGUUGAGGAGGGACUUCUGCUGUUGAAUGACUCUGUGAAAGCAGCAGACUACUUACACAUUUUGCAGAACAUUAAAGAAGAUAAAGAUAGAGCUGGAACAGCCGCCCUGGCACGGGUUGGCUCAAACAGCCCCGCGACAAACAUCGUGUCCGAUGCAGUCGUCAUACCGGACUCAACAGAGAUGGAUAGCGAUCAUGAUGAUGAUGUGGUUUUCAAUAGUGAACACUUUAAGACUCCUUUGAAACCGGUGAAAACUAAAGGCAAAGUGGGAGGCCUGUCUUCAAAAGAGAAAAAAGAUAUGAGCGUUCACCAGAAGGAACUGAGGGACCUCUACAAGAAGCAGCAGCAGUCCACAACGGGGAACAAGUCGAAAGGGAAGAGAGACAAGAAAGUGCCACAGCAUCAGGACCAGGGGAGUGCGGUGGGCCAGGCGAAGAGGCCGAAGUCUCCACUGGGUGUGAGGAGAAAGCAGGUCGACAGCAGCGUUGUUCCAUUAUGAUGAUCAUUGUCAUGGUCGUACGGUUUAACGUGCACAUUUUGAGCUAGCCCGAGUAGGCCUACUCUGACUGUAAGAGAGCUAGACGGACAUUUGGACAUAAAUACGCUCUCAUUACAUGUAAUGAGAGCGUAUUUAUUUCCAAAUGUCCGUCUAGCUCUCUUACAGUCAGAGUACUCGGGCUACCAGACUGCCAGACUGGCUACUCCUAGCGAAAAAAAGCAGCAAGGGAUCUUUUAUAGGCACUUUUUCAUAGACAAGACCGUCCAUAACAAGACCGACUAUUUCUGUCUCUGUAAAGUGUACCGGGGCGGGACGUAACCCAGUGGCAAAGUACACGCAUGAUGCGUGGUCGGUCUAGGAUCGAUCCCCGUCGGUGGGCCCAUUGGACUAUUUCGUGUUU